AUGGAUCGUUGUAGAUGUGAAGAAUACGAGGAUGCUGUGAAAAAGCUCAGAUUCUAUACAGUUGGAACACUAAGGCCGGAUAUAAUAGACAAUUAUGAUAGGUCUGGCUUUAUAACAACCUGGGUUCGCCAUGGAGUGGACUACGAAGAUAUGAAGUUCUCCAAACCAAAAGCUUAUAGAGUGCUUGAUCCCAGUGAGUUACCGGAAAACAAGAUGGCGCCAGCUGUCAGGAAAGUUGAACAAAUGUGGUGUCCUUACCUAAUUACUAGACGCAAGUGGUAG